AUGAAUAACAACAACACGGCCUCCAAGUACAUGGAUAAGCAGAUCAUGGAUCUAACCAAUUCCCAGACCUCUGCCACUGCCAACACCAACACCAACACCAACGCUUCCCCUAACAAUGACUUCAUCGAUUUUAUGAAUCGUGAUCCCGAGAAGAAAGAGGGCAUCGUUCCCAGUUACGAUUUCAUGCCGAUUCGAUCCACCGCUGACCGAUCCUCCUCACCACCCGCCGCGCGGACCUCGAAUUUCGAUUCCGGUGACGACGAUGCUCCCCUCAGGACGACGUGGAAUUCUGCCGAUUCGAAAACCAACAGCUCUCCAAUCAGAAAUUACGGAUCUCUUGAUGCUGAUGAACCUUCCAAAUUCAUUCUGGGGAAGAAUUCUAGGCCAACCAAUGCAUCGUCGGAUGUAUCUUUGGUUUUUGAAGUUGAUAAGAUAAUGAAGAAGUAUGUGGAUAAUCUGAUGCAUGCUGUGGAUAGCAUGAGUGCACGACUGACUCAAUUGGAAACAAGGACUCGAAACCUUGAAAAUUCCAUUGAUGAUCUGAAGAUGUCUGUUGCAGACGGCCAUGGCAGCACUGAUGGAAAAAUGAGACUAUUGGAGAAUAUUCUCAGAGAGGUGCAAUCUGGUGUAGUUGUAAUCAAGGAUAAACAAGAAAUACUAGAUGCGCAGCUGCAAAUUUCUAAACUGCAAGUCUCUAAGGCUGAACCAGAGGAAAGCAAAUCAGUUGUACAGAGCGAUUCUACCUCGACUGUUGUUGCAACUGCAAACCAGCAGUUCUCUAAUGUUCCUCCAGCCCAGCCACAGCCACAACCAAACUUCCCGAUGCCUAAUGCUCCUCCACAGCAGAACUUACAAUCCCAACUGCAGCUUCCUAACCAGUUCCCCCAUAACCAGCUUUCUUCUAUCCCCCAGCAGGACCCCUACUUCUCCCCACCCAACCAAACUACAGAAAAUCCCGGCCAGCAAUACCAAAUACCACCUCUGCAGCUGCACCAGCCGAACCCACCUCCACCACAGCACCAGCCAAACCCAUCCCUGCCACAGCACCAGCCUGCCCCACCUCCACUGCAGCACCAAUCUACUCCCCAACCACAGCCCCAAUCUGCCCCACCUCCACAGCACCAGUUCCAGCCACCUCCUCCAUCCCAGUACCCUCAGGCUCCCACUCCUUCUCAACCACACCCCCCAUUCUCAGUUGGUAAUACUGCCCUUCCACAGACACCUAUUGGUCAUCAUCCUGAGGAUACACCAUACGUACCCCCCCAACCUUAUCCACCUACAGUUCGCCCACCUACUUCUCUUCCGCCCACCGGUCCUCCCCCUCCCAAUCAACAAUACUAUGGACCUAGCCCCAGUAUUUACGAACCAUCCAACCGACCUGGUCCAGGAUAUUCUGGUUCUUUUGGUCCAUCAUCAGGCCAUGUGGAACCAUAUUCUUACAGCAACUCUCCAUCACAGUAUGGAAGCAGCUCCCCCAUGAAGCCACAGCAACAACAUCCUGCUCCUGGUAUGGGCCAGAGCGGGGGAAGUGGUUAUCCUCAACUGCCUACUGCAAGGAUACUACCUCAGGCACUGCCAACAGCGAAUGCAGUAAGCAGUGGCUCCGGCUCCGGCUCCGGCUCCAGUGGCUCUGCUAACAGAGUUCCUAUUGAUGAUGUUGUCGACAGAGUGACAAACAUGGGAUUUCCAAGAGAGCAAGUGAGGGCCACUGUCCGAAGAUUAACAGAAAAUGGACAAGCGGUGGACUUAAAUGUAGUCCUGGACAAGCUGAUGAAUGAUGGAGAUGGCCAAGGUGGUUCCCGUUGGUUUGGGCGGUGAUCAGUUUUCAGGUUUGAUGCUACUCUUCUGUAGAGACUGAAGUGAAUCAAACAACCCAACCCCUUUUAAAGCCAACUAACUCUUCCUGUGAAAAUUUCUCAUUUUGUUAUGCUGGGUGGGAUUUUCAUGUAAUUUGGCUUCUCAAGUUAUGCUUCAUUCUUGUUCUGUGGAAAGAGGAUUUGGUAUUA